UCAAUAUUUCUUGCAGUCAUGGAUUUUGGAACAACAAUUUUCAUAUUCAUAUUUUUUUCUAGAUCAAGACUAUAGUCUCCGAUCCCAUUUUAAUUUUCGAAAAUAAUUCCGAAUAUUUUGAAUUUUUGUUCUUUCGAAGUUGAUUCUCAAGAAACAGAGCUUAUUAGUAAUUUCUAGAGAUUUGUUAUUUUGUUUUAAUAAUAUGGAUUCAAAUCAUGUCUUUCUCUUACAUAUCAACUUUGUAAGAUCAUUUGACUUAUUCUUUUAUGUUUUUUCAAUAGAAGAAUUUGCUUGAAGCCAAAACCAACAUUAUUCAGGACGGUUGAUACUAAUUUAAUUAACUAAUUUUUCUCGUGUUGAUUAUAUAUUAAUUGUUUUAGCUGGCCAAUGUUACAAAACACAAGAAGAAAAAAAAGGGCAUCAAAUCGAUCGAAAAAGUCACCGAAAAACACCAAAAACAUCGAAAUCAUUUACAUAAAAUAAGAGUUAUACAGUCUUUAUUUUACAAGCUAUUGAUUCUCAACGUGCAUAAAUUCACCAGAAAGUUUUGGUUUUUCUUCUUUAAAACUGUGUACACAGAAAAUCAAACGAAGAAAAUGUCGAUCGGUUUUCUUGUUUUCGGCCUUGCAAUUCUUUACUUUUUCUCACUUUUGGCAAAGUUUCUCCACCGAGUAUGGUGGGCCCCACUGCGCACGCAGUACGCAAUGGAACUUCAAGGCAUUAAAGGCCCUUCUUACAAGUUCGUACGUGGCAACACAGUCGAAAUCUCGAGUAUGAAGUCGAAUUCCAUGCGAGGAAACAUGGAACUGAACCAUGACAUAUUUUCAAGAACCAUGCCUCACUUUUAUACGUGGAUUAAUAUUUACGGUAAUUUUUUUUUGUUUUUCAAUGUAAUAGUACUUAUUAUUCGGUGUUGCUUCUACCAUUGGCUUACUCGACACUCGUUUAUCAAAAAAAAAAAAAAAACAGGAAAAGUAUUCUAUUUUUGGAACGGGGAGAAAGCCGAAUUAGUUAUUACAGAACCGGAGCUUGUUAAGGAAGUACUAAACAAGAGUGAAUCAUAUUCAAGAACCGACCCAGACAAAUAUAUGAGAAAGAUCAUCGGAGAUGGUAUUGUAGCAAGUGAAGGUGAAAAAUGGGUCAAAUUACGGAAACUCGCCAAUCAAGCCUUCCACGCUGAAAAUUUGAAGAAUAUGGUACCGGCAAUGGUAGAAAGCGUGGAAAUGAUGAUGAAGAAAUGGCGAGAGGAGAAAACGAGGGAAGUGGAUAUUAGCAAAGAGUUCACGUUUAUGACAUCCGAAAUGAUAUCGAAAACGGCAUUCGGGAGCAGUUAUUCGCAAGGGGAGAAGGUUUUCAAUAUGUUGAGACAGUUGUCAAUCAUUACCGGCAGAAAUGCAUACAAGACUAAGAUCCCUGUAAUAAGGUAACGCGGUCGAUCACGCACAUAUACAUGUUGAUGUUCGUAAAAGUGAUAGUUUUUUUUCUAAA